UACAUGAUAAACUAUGCCAUGUCUAUGUCCACCCAAAUCUUCUGUGGCCACCUAGGAACUCUUGAGCUUGCUGCAGCCUCCCUUGGUAACACCGGCAUCCAAAUUUUUGCCUAUGGUCUAAUGUUGGGAAUGGGAAGUGCUGUGGAGACAUUGUGCGGACAAGCAUAUGGUGCACGCAAAUAUGAAAUGCUUGGCAUAUAUCUGCAAAGAUCAACAAUCCUUCUCACACUCACUGGGAUCUUACUGACCUUCAUCUACGUCUUCUCCAAACCCAUAUUGAUUUUGCUCGGUGAGUCACCAGAAAUAGCUUCGGCAGCGGCAGUUUUUGUCUACGGUUUAAUACCUCACGUUUUUGUCUAUGCUCUAAACGUCCCUAUCUAAAAAAUUUUACAAGCUCAAAGCAUAGUGGCCCCUAGUGCAUACAUUUCAGCAGCCACAUUGGUGAUACAUCUUUUGCUUAGUUGGGUUGCAGUGUACAAGAUUGUUGGGUUGUUUGGUGCAUCAUUAGUGUUGAGCUUUUCAUGGUGGAUUAAAUUUGUGGGUCAGUUCAUAUACAUUGUUAAGAGUGAGAAGUGUAAGUAUACAUGGGGCGGUUUUAGUGCACAAGCCUUUUCAGGGUUGUCAAGCUUCUUCAAGCUCUCGGCUGCGUCAGCUGUGAUGUUGUGCUUAGAGACAUGGUAUUUCCAGAUAUUUGUUUUGCUGGCUGGGUUGUUAGAGAACCCUGAAUUGGCUUUAGAUUCACUCUCUAUUUGUAUGACAGUAUCUGGAUGGGUGUUCAUGAUCUCAGUUGGGCUCAAUGCAGCAGCAAGUGUGAGAGUAAGCAAUGAGCUUGGAGCCGGAAACCCAAAGUCAGCAUCAUUUUCCGUAUCAAUUGUGACAAUAAUCUCCUUCAUUAUCUCAAAUAUUUAUAGCUAA